GCACUGUUAUGCCUCUUUCUGUAAAGCUGCAAAUGGGUUCAUUUUUCAAUAUCAUAUGGGGAAUAUGGGGAAUAAGGCAUCUACAAGCUGGACGUGCAGACUCCUGUACUUUCCAGAUGCUCUAUAAAUCACAUUCAGGAGGAUUGUAGAGAUGUAGUAUAACAUUUGGUUUGUAUUGCUUGCAGCUAUAAGUAUACAAGACCUUAUUGGGAUUUAAGCACUAGACUGUUGUUUUGAGCCUACACCCAAUAGGAUUGGGAUUAUCAUUUGUUGACUAUGCUCAGGAUUUUCAAGCAGAUGAUUCUUUCUGUGAUGAGGUCUAAUCUUUGAUUGCCCAAAGCUAUUAUUGUGUAUAUUCUGCUCAAGGCUUAUGUUUGGAGAAUUUGUGUAUAAACAAAAGCAAUUAUUUUCAUAAGCUUGCAUUGAUCGCAGCUUUUGUAAACAACUGUUUGAAUAAGCUUGGGAUAGGUUUUGGGCUUUUCAUGGUAAACUUGGAGCUACUGCUAUUGAUCUUUUACCACUCUUAAUGAUCUGAUUCCUCCAAUUAACAAUCAAAUCAAUAGCAGUUGCAGUGCCGUGCAUAGUUGGUUCCUCAGAUCCUCCACAACAAUUAGGUGUUAUUUCUCCCUAUAUUCCUCUGGACAAAGAUCUAAUAGCCCCUGCAUAUCCCCUGUUUGAGUUUCUGUACUUUGCUGAGGAUUUUUUUCCAAUAGGGGAUUUCAAUAAGCUUGCCUAGCACUUAGUCCCAUCAGCUCAAUAUCCAACUUGACUGUCAAACUACAAGGCAAACUACUAAAGAAAUCAUGUAUCCUCAAGGAGGUUACAGGAAUUCCUAUCCAGUAUAUGGCAUAGGAGAUAGAAGUCAGACUUCUAGGCAGCCAUCCAGGCUUAGUGCCCCCACUUCUCAGUCUCAGCCUCAGCCUCGACCUCAAUUUCAGCCUCAGCCUCAGCAGCAGCAACAGCAGCUUCCCAAGCCUGAGGCCAGGAAAGAAGAACCCUCUAAGCCCACUCAGCCUGCCAGGGUGCUCUCAAAGCCUGAACCCCAAGUGCCCAAGCAAGCAGAGUCCAAGCCAGACCAACAAAAGGUUACUGCUACAGAGACUAGAAAAGAGUCACCCACACCUGUUCCUCCUCCUCCUGCUACAUCUAUAGUCAAAGUAUCUACUCCCACUCAAUCAUUGAAUAUAUCUGCCUCAGAGAACAAUAAAAGUGAGCAGCUUAGCAUAGUUCCUGCAGAUCAAGGUAAGGCCAUUGUGAAGGCAUCAAGCUCUGAACCAGAUAAAUCUCUUCAGCAAGGAAUCAAGGAAGACAUAACCAAUCUCACUCGCAGGCUGGCCGAGCUCCAGGCACAACACAAGCUCCUCAAUGGAGACCAGAAGGCAAUGCCAGGGCAAUCUGAUUUGGGUGUUCGAGUAAUCACUCUUGCAGGUGAAAACAGGGGAGCCACCAUGGAUUUGGGCUCUGAAUCAAGAAACAAUGCCAUAUAUGACAGCCAGAGGAUGGGUCACAAGGAUAGUACUACGAAUGAGAAGGAUGAAAAUGGAAAAGGAAGCCAUAGUCCUUCCACGGCCACGGCAAGCCCUGUAAAUGCCUAUGUUAAUAGCAAUGUGCAGGGUGCUAAUAAUUCCAUUCUGUAUAACAGCACUUGUGCUCACAGAGACCCGGGUGUGCGUCUUACUCUUUCCAAUACCCCUUUCCAGGCAGCCAAAGAGAUUGGGCCUCCAAAGGAAACUCGUGCAAAACUCAAAGCUGCUGCUAAAGACCCUGCUUGAAGCUUUCCUGCGCCUGGCUGUAGGGCCUUAGGCCACCCCUUAGUAUCACACAUUUUCUGUCCUGUUCCAGAAAUCAAACUAGUCAUUGGUCCCUCUAAUCAAUAAUUCCCAUCUGUGUUCAUGGAUUCUGUAUUUUGUAAUAAAUUUCCACUGGUCCAAAAUGAUUUCUUAAUAUAAUUGCUCUCCUAGAGAUACUUUUUUUUUC